CACCGUUUUAACAGUAUUUACAAAAGAGCCGUUUGAUAAGGUAAAUGGGAUGGGAAUGGUUACAACAUAGAAGAAUGAAGGAAAGGAUAAUGGAAAUAUGACUGAUAAGUGGAACCACAACGCUGCAAACAGGUGAGUGUGAAAACGUUGCAAACUUUCGACAGAACAGAAAAAGUGCCAAAAAUGCAACGAGCUCUGGGAGGCGUUUUCCCGGACAAGUUUUUACAAAAAUAAUACCAAAGGAAAUAGAAGCUUAGCGCACAGAGUGGGAGGCGGCAACCUGACCGACAAUCACAGACUCCUCAGUUGUUUGUUCUGAUCGGAGGAAGACAUCAAGGAGCCACAGGACGAAAACAAUGGAAGAUGAGAGCAAAAUGAAGAUGAAGGAGAGAUUUGGCCUGAGGCGGGUCAUCUUUAAGGAGUUCCUGGCGGAAUUUCUGGGGACAUUUGUCCUGAUACUCUUUGGAUGUGGUUCAGUGGCCCAGACGGUGCUGAGUAGAGGGGCUCUCGGGGAGCCUUUGACCAUCCACAUUGGUUUCACUCUGGGAGUCAUGAUGGCCGUCUACAUGGCAGGGGGGGGUGUCAGGUACAUUCCUCCAGGAUUACAGCAAGAAGAGCCCUCUGUGUGUUGCCAGCAGUGACAAAGACAGAAAGGAGCCCACCUGAACCCUGCAGUCUCUCUGGCCAUGGUGAUCCUGGGGAAGCUUCAUAUUAAGAAGUUCCCUGUGUAUGUGCUGGCACAAUUCCUGGGAGCUUUUGCUGGAUCCUGUGCUGUCUAUGGGUUGUACUAUGAUGCUUUGAUGGAAUAUACCGAUGGAGAAUUUGCUGUUACUGGUGUAAAUGCCACAGCCAACAUAUUUGCAUCGUAUCCUGCAAAACAUCUCUCUGUCCUAAAUGGGUUUGUUGAUCAGGUGAUUGCCACAGCCGCUCUGAUCCUGUGCAUCCUGGCCAUCACCGACAAGAGGAACAUCGGUGCUCCUAAAGGCAUGGAGCCUCUGUGCAUCGGCCUCAUCAUCAUGGCCAUCGGGGUGUCCAUGGGUCUGAACUGCGGAUAUCCCAUCAACCCGGCACGGGACCUCGGACCCCGGUUCUUCACAGCUGUGGCCGGGUGGGGGAUGGACGUAUUCAGAGCCGGAGGGUGCUGGUGGUGGAUCCCAGUGGCAGGACCCAUGGUGGGCGGAGCCGUCGGAGCAGGUGUUUACUUCCUGUUCAUUGAGCUGCACCACCCCCAGCCUGAAAAACUGGACGAGAAAAAUGCCCAGGAGAAAUAUGAAAUAAUAACUAUGAGUUAACAUUUUAAAUAAAGGUUGCAAAGCAAAGCAACCACACUGAUUCAACAACUCAUUUUCACACUCAGAAAGCAACAAAUAGUUUCAAAAAGAAAUGUACAGUUAGUGUUUUAACACAAAACAUGCACCUGACUACACAAUUUUAUAGUCAUAUAUAAAAUAUGCAAAAUGUUUUAUAAAGCCUUUCUUUUGUAUAAAAUCUGGUCUGCUUUAGGUUCCAAGUUGAUUUGCCUCUGGCUCUUUCAUAUAUCAAAAAUAUUAAUCAGAUUAUUUUUAGAUACCAAGUUUAAACUACCUGAAAUGAAAACCUACUUUGGAGAUUUCUUAUCAUUUGCCAAGUUUUCUGUACAGCAUUUUGAUUUUUGCUAUUGUCUACCCAACAAACAAGGGCAUUAAAUAUAUGUAGCACCUAUGAAACAGUUGAUUAGUAAUUUAUAUUACUUUAGCCAAUAUCUUACAGUUAUGUGUUUAGUGGAGUGACUUCCUUCUUCAGUUUCACUUCACCCCUUGCUUAUGCGUUAAAAGAGUGGGAUUGAUUGCUUUAUCUUUCUUGCAGAAUUGUAAUUUUUGUAACACAUUUAUGAAGAAAAUACAGCCUUAAAGGAUUGUUUGGCAUUGCUUACUUAUCAUUCAUCUUCAUAAUUUUGUGUCACACAAACUUGUUAUUUUGCCGUUUUACAAAUUGACAGACACCCUUGAUAUUGAACAGCCAUAACUUCACAUGAGGCAUGUAAAUGUCUGCUUUCUGCAAAGAUGUUGAUUUUGUUUCCAGCAGAAGCUUUUGCAGAAGUCACUGAGAUCCUUGAUGGAUUGAGUCAGUGCACUUGCUGUAUCAGGGGCAAUAUGCACACACUGACUGUAUCUGUUUACAUUUAAAACUCUUCUGAGGUCAGGUAAAAGGACACUGAUUCAAAAUGUAUGAGAUGAACAUGCAUUUGUGCAUACAAUACACUAAUUGUAAAACUGUUUUGCAUUGCACUGAAUGUCUUUUUACAGCACAGGCACUCGUUUGGCAACGUGACAAUCCCUUACAUUUAAUUAGCUAGAUUUACAUUUGAGAAAGAGAAAAAUGUGAACAAAGUCAGAGGAAUAACUAUUAUACUUUUGCCCCUGUAUGUGUCCUACGUUUGAAUAAGAGUAAGUAAGCAUGUUUGAUAAGAUGUUGAAGGUGAAGUUAAGUAUAUUAUGCAUCUCACUGUUGCAAACUUUGUCGUCAGUGCUUCGGUCCUGAGUAUUCAGCCAGUCAGGACACUACAUUUGAAUCUUCUUUUUUUUUUGGUGUUGCUUAUUUGCUUUUUAUAAAAAUUAAUCUGCAUGAAUAAACAACUUUGUUCAGUGUAUC